GCACCGGGGUAAACGUCAUCGCAAAACUUGAGAAAACAAACAUGUCGAUAUGUUAUUAUCUGUAAUUGUGGGUGUUUGAUUUUUAUUUUCUAUUACAAAAAAAUUGCAAGUAAUGUUUAAGAAGUGAGUAAAAUUAAAGAAGUGAUAAUGUUAUCAAAGGAAAUUUACAUGAUAAUCGGUGGUGUAUUAACAGCAAUUUUCUUGAGAUGUGCAACUAGUUUACAUUCAUAUUCUGGGCAAAAUACACCUCCAAUGUUUGGUGAUUAUGAAGCUCAACGACAUUGGAUGGAAAUCACCUUCAAUUUACCAAUUCGUCAAUGGUAUUUGAAUUCAACACAGAACGAUCUGAUGUAUUGGGGCUUAGAUUAUCCACCCCUUACUGCGUAUCAUAGUUGGCUAUGUGGAUUAAUUGCUCAUCAUAUUAAUCCACAAUAUGUUGAGCUAAAUACUUCACGUGGCUUUGAAAGUUCACAUCAUAAACUGUUCAUGCGUUAUACAGUCUUAAUUGCAGAUCUAUUAAUCUACAUUCCAGCACUAUGUAUAUAUUUUUUUCUAAAUUACACUCCAACAUCGAAACCAAUUCAAACAGAUGUGAAAAAACGUAAAUCAAAUCGUAAAUCUUCACAAAAUAUAAUUCAUUCAUUUCUAUUUGCGAUUUUUUACCCCGGGAUUAUAUUAAUCGAUCAUGGACAUUUUCAAUAUAAUUGUGUUUCGUUGGGACUUACAAUUAUGGCUGUUAAUUGUAUAACAAUGAAAAAAUAUAAAAUGGCGGGUUUUUUAUUUACAUGUGCGUUAAAUUAUAAACAAAUGGAAUUAUAUCAUGCUCUUCCAUUUUUUUGUUUUUAUUUAAAUUUAUAUUUAUUCAAUUCGAAUUCAAUUUUGUAUCGUUUUUAUAAAAUUUUUGAAAUUGGUGUUAUUGUUUUUGGGACUUUUCUUCUAAUAUGGCUACCAUUUGUAUUUGAUGUAAAUUUAAUUUUACAAGUAUUACGGCGUUUAUUUCCAUUUGCACGGGGUGUGUUUGAAGAUAAAGUUGCAAAUUUUUGGUGUACAUUAAAUAUUUUUAUAAAAUUAAAAACGUUAUUUGCUAAUCAAGAAAUGGCGAAAAUAUGCUUAGUAACAACCCUUAUAUCAAUUAUACCAACUACAACUGAUUUAUUAUUUCGUGGACAUUUAAAUAAGGACAAAUUUUUAUUAAGUUUAAUAAAUUGUUCAUUAGGUUUUUAUUUAUUUUCAUUUCAAGUACACGAAAAAACAAUUUUAAUUGUUGCAAUAUCAGUUUUAUUAUAUUUUCAUAAAGAUCCAUUCACAUGUUACUGGUUUUUAUAUAUGACAUGCUUCUCUAUGGUACCGUUAUUUAUAAAAGAUGGCCUCUGUGUCGCAUAUAUGAGUUUAAUAUUCUUUUAUUUAUUUUUAUACCGUUUAUUAACAAAACGUAGUAAUAAUGUAAUAAAAAAUAAAUAUAAAUAUGGUCGUAAUCAAUUUAUACGUGAAUUAUUAAUAACAUUAUUAAAUGUAACGGAUGGUGAUAAAGAUUAUACAGAUAUUGUAACGUUAUCAUUCCGCCAUCUUGUUAGGAACAUACAAUUAGUGAAACAAUUUAUUAUAAAAUCAACAUUUGUGUUAUCAUAUUUUAUAUCAAUUAUUUUGUUUAUAAUUAUAUCGAUAUUUGAUCCACCUGAUGAAUUACCUGAUUUAUUUACAGUGAUUAUUUCAAUUUUUUCAUUUGGACAUUUUUUCUUAUUUUUUAUUUAUUUUAAUUAUUGUCAAUUUACGUUAGAUGUUAAUUCAUUUACGUCUGGUAAAUCUAGUAAUAAACAAUUAGAAGAUAAUGUUGUUAUCAAUAAUAAUAAUUAUAAAAAUGUCAAAUUAAAACAAUUAUGAUUUUUAAGUAGUUAUUUGAAUUAAUACCAUACCAAUACAUGAAAUUAGAGAUUCUUCAAUUUAAAAUGAGAUAAAGACUAUUUAGAAUGUUUUUUGUGAACAUUAAUCAAAAAUGGGUCAUAUUGUCAUUAUUUCUCAAUUUCAUAUCUCAGAAUGACUAAUGCAUCACAUCAAAGCAAUAAAUUGUUUUUUAUAUGAUUGAGUUUUAAUGUUAAAACAAUGAUUGUAUUAACAACUCAAUUGGUUUUGUUUCCAUUGAAUGAAAAGGCAAAAGGUAUCUACUUUAUAAUACAUUUUCGUUAAAUAUUAUGUAUCUAUGGACGUUGCAAACUAUAGUUUUCUUUCUGUCGCUAGAUAGAGCCUUUCUUAGUAUUAAAAUCCAAUAUUAUAAUGAGCUAUAUGUAAUGUCUCAUCAAAAACGCACCAAUUAAAACAAUUUUUGUUCGAUGUAUAAUGAUUAUUCCACCCAGCAUCCAAUAACUUGCUCGUCUCUUCUCUGAAUUGAAGAUCUCUAAUAAAACUAAACUAGAUACAAACUUCUUAGCGGUAAAUAAAUAAUUGAACUAUAAUCCAAUUUCUUUUACGGUGUUUAUAAAUUUGACGUCGUUGCUUGUCUAUUUUUUUCAUCGUAGUUCCCAAAAGAGUAAAUCAAUA